GUAUACAAUUCCGAUAAUUCGUAAUUAAUUUCAAAGAACCGCUGAUUAAUCCAUUCAAGGUUUUAAUUUGAAAGCGGAAGUAGGUUCGACGCUAUCCUCGGUUAAUCUGCCCAUGUAGAUAAACAACGUGCAGGUCAAAGGCGGGCAGAUGGUGUCGUGUUCGUCAGUAUUCAUUGGGGACCCUCGUAGUAAGGACGUUGGUGUUGUUUUCUAAAUGCUGUUUUUUUUUAAGUGUUUAAGUUGCUUGACAGAAUGACGACAUUGAACCAAUGGUACUCCACAAACUGCUGCCUGUGCUGCCAUGUCCGCACAGGAACCAUCAUCUUGGGGGUCUGGUACAUGCUCAUCAACGCCGUGGUGUUACUCAUCCUGCUCACGGCACUCGGUGAUCCUGAGCAGUACCACCUGACCAGUGCUGAGUUGGCUAAUGACUUGGAUGUCAUGGAUGAUGCCAACAUGUGCAUCGCCUCAUCCAUCUCCCUGCUGAUGAUACUCAUAUGUGGGAUGGCAACAUAUGGUGCAUACAAGUUGCAUGCUGCCUGGAUCAUACCAUUUUUCUGCUAUCAGAUCUUCGACUUUGCACUCAACACCCUUGUUGCUGUGAGCAUUGUGGUCUAUCCAAAUACGAUACAGGAUUACCUGCAGCAAUUGCCUGACAAUUUUCCCUACAAAGAGGACAUUGCAGCUCUCAGUAAUGUGUGCUUGGUCCUCGUCGUGCUGCUCUUCAUCAGCUGUAUUUUGGCCUUCAAGGCUUACCUGAUAGCAUGCGUGUGGAGCUGUUACAGAUACGUGUGCAGCCGCGGCACUGCACAAAUCCUACUCUACGUCACAACCGAUGACACAACGGUGCUCUUUCCUCCUUAUGACAACAGCGUGGAUGUUCCGACUAAACAGGGCGCUCCUCGGUCCUUUCCCACAAUGACCGCAUGAGGACAUUCCCAAGAACCCUCGGUAGGAAGUCUUUGUACAAUCCACGUCUGCACCUCACUGCCUCUUUAAGCAUUCGGUAACACAUUUGCUAUGAACAGCCGUCACACACCAUCAUUGUGUACGUCGUAGGGGUGUGACGAUACUCUCAUUUCACGAGACGAUACAUGAUAUCGGGUUCGCGAGACAAGGUUUUAACAUUAAUUUCAAGCAGGUGCCCAUGCAGGGUGGUAGAGUUGUGACAAUUGGCUGGUGUUGAGGGGGCUUAUGGGGCAAUGCAUUAACUUAUAACUUGUUUUCACAACUAAAACCUAAAAUGAAAAAUCAUAGAAAGUUAAAGAAAAUAUAGUAAUAUUUUUUGAGGAGCUCUACGGCAUCUUCUGCAUCUCUGAUAUCGCAGCUGUCAAGUGUGUCACUGAUUCGUCUGUAUCGUAUUAUCUCUGGGCUGCUGUAGAUUGCUGGAUUGCAUCUGCUGCUGGCAGAAGCAAUCCGGUGCGUUAAGAGUGUUUUUCCGUCGCCUUUUGGCGUCCAUUAUUGACAAUUUAGCGGUUUAUGCUUGGCGUAGACAUGGAGCGUUGGCUUGAAGGAGAGCUGAAACUAGCUCUGUUUGCUAGCGUUCAGUUUUUAGUGUGCACAACGUACUUAUUAACGUGUGGUUCCAGUCACUCACGCACGGCCAGGCAAAUAUACUGCUAUUAAACAAACAACCUUCUGACUAUCUUCUACCCACUUUUCCUAUGAAGAGAAAUAUCGUCACGUUUUAUUCUGGUGAGAUUUCGUGACACAAGAUCUUGUCACAUCCCUAAUAAUACAUUGUGUAAUGGACUUGUGACCUUCUUAGUCAUACUGACUAACUACCAAUAUCUAUCAUUUUGGCUGACAUUAUUAAUAGAUGAAAGAUAUAUUUUUAUUAAUGCUGUGUUUGCUGUGUGCGUGUAAUUGUAUUGUGCGUCAGACACACACUUUGUAUUUACGCAAAGUACCCUUAGUAAAGAGUGAAUGGUUGCUGUGUUGUUUCGUCCUAUCAUGUUGUCUCCUAUCAGCUGCACCUUAACAUGUUGAAAAUGUUUAUUUUUAUUGAAAAAAUAGUCCUGUUGUAAAGCAUCGGGCCUUUGUGUUAUGAAAAAAAGAAAAUGGACCCUAGUUGUGUUUUCCUCAAUAAGGCCAGUGGUCUGCUAUGUGGAAACACACAUGUCUGUUUCCCCAGGUAUGCGUAUUGGAAAAUGCUGUGAUGUGCAAUCAAAGUGAAAAAUAAAUAGAUGUUUGCAAAAUGUG